AUGAACAGCGCACUCACGCCGCACCACGAGGUGCAGCUCCCGCACUCGCCGGCGCUGCUCUAUAACAACCUGCAGCCGCAUGUAGGGGGCACGUACGUGUCGUACGCGACGGACUCCGCCGUGUACACGGUCCGGGCGUCGACAGGGGCACCGUGCUUCAACCCCCUUCGCUUUCCAUGUGGUCAAGUACAACACAUCGCCGCCUUGCAAGAUGACGCAGAGAACAUCAUCGUCGUAGUCGUCCUGUCCGCCUGCAUGGCCGUCGUUGCCGUGAACGGGCAGCAGACACACGUGCUACCAGAAAACGGCGGCGACACGUCGCUGACCUGCGCAGCUGUGGCGCGUGUGGCGGGAAAGGACGAGAUGGUUGUGGCGGUCGGCGCAUCAAACGGAAUUCCGCUGUGCUGCCGGUACACCCUCAACGGCCACCCGGUGGCGGCCGCGGAGGUCACUACGCCAGUGCAAGCGCACGCGAAGCGCAGCAUCACGGCCUUGGAUCUUGAAGCCGUGGGAGAGGCGUCGCCUGUCGAGAUGGCAUCCGGCGACGCCGGCGGCCACGUCGUUCUCUGGGCCGACAACAACCCCACGCUCACGGUCUCACCCGAGAGCGAUACCGACGCCGUCACGUGCGUGCGGCUGAUCUCUGUCGGCAACGCCGUUGCUGUGGCGUACGGUGGAGGGCAAAUCAAGCUCAUGCAGCGCAGCAGCGGCGCCGUCACCAUCGUCAUCCAGGCCCACUCCCGCUGGAUCAAUGCAAUGGUAUACAGCGCGGCCCUGCACUGGCUGGCGUCCGCCGCCGAGGACGGGCAGAUAUCGGUGUGGGAUGUCACCUCCGUUGACCCGAAGCGCGUCUGCAUCGCGAGUGGUACCGUCACGGAUGAGCUGCCCACCGGGCUGGCGUUCCUGAGCAGCAUGGGUGACCUUCUUGCUGCGUCGUACGAUGUAGUCAAGCUUCGUCGCUUUCCUCUCCCCGGCAAGGGGCGCUAG